AAGAGAAAGUGAGUGUGAGAGAGAGAGAGAGAGAGAAGAAGAAGAGGAAGGUGUUUUGUUAUACAGUCAGAGACACAAGAAAGAAAGAAAGGCAGUGCUUCUCUGCUCUGAGAGAGCUAAAAAGCUCAUCAACACCUGCAGAGAAAUCAGAGAGAGAGAGAGAGAGGGACUUAAAUUUUGGUGGUGGUGCAGGAAGAGAGAGAGAAGGCAUGGCGGCGUUGCAGAGGGAGAUGUAAAUUCCAAGUCUUUAAUGCUACUAUUAUCAAUCUUCGAAGAAAAUAAACAAGACUUAAAAGCCGCGAGUGCGAGAUUCAUUAACGACGCAGUAACCAACUGAGCUACAACAUCUGUCUCGCAAUUACAGCACACAGACACAAACUCACAUGCUGUUGUUGUAAGCUAGUUAGAAAAUUGUGGAAGGAAAGAUAUUUGAAAUCGAGGGAGAUCAGUGAGGGCGUGGAAUUGAGCAGAGAGAGGAGGGCGUCGUCUGAUAUGGAUUUUCGGUUACAAUUGGGGGCCGGGGAAGAGAAGCAAUGGCUGGAUUUUUCUCAUUAGGCGGAGGAGGAGGAGGAGGUCGGAGCAGUCACAACCCAGAAAGCCGGAAUCAGAAUCAACCGGAAUCAAGUGAAAUUCCGCCAGAGACGUUGUUUUGGUACAAGAAUGAAGAGGGCAUGCCGUUCAAAGGAAGCUUCGAGCUAUGGCAGCACCAGCAGCAGCAACUCCAGCAUCACCAGCACCAGCAGCACCAGCUCCAGCAGCUCCAGCUCCAGCAAGAUCUGUACGCCUCAGCAGCUGCUCUAGGCGUCGGUCCCAGCAGCAUCAACGUCUCCGAUGAGUCGUCGUCGCGGCCCUUCAUGAUGAUGAGACCCUCCUCGUCCGGCGGCGGGGGAGGAGGAGGUGGAGGUGGAUCGACGUCCGGGAGCACGGUCAGCUGUCAAGACUGCGGCAACCAAGCCAAGAAAGAUUGCGUGCACAUGCGGUGCAGGACGUGCUGCAAGAGCCGAGGGUUCGACUGCGCGACCCACGUGAAGAGCACGUGGGUUCCGGCGUCGAAACGCCGGGAGAGGCAGCAGCAGCACCUCACGGCGCUGCAGCAACAGCAACAGCAACACACUCAACAAGAAGUUCAAGUGAUCCGCGGAGGCGGAGAGAAUCCGAAGAGGCUGAGAGAGAAUAGUAACAACAAUCCGAAUAAUCCGAGCUCCAAUUCUUCUCUGGGCGCCUGCACUCGCAUUAUCACAAACACGUCAGGGUUGGAAGUGGGGAAUUUUCCAGCAGAAGUGACUUCUCCCGCAGUGUUUCGCUGCGUGAGAGUAAGCUCCAUCGACGAUGACGAAGAUCAGUACGCAUAUCAGACGGCUGUGAACAUCGCCGGCCACGUGUUCAAGGGAAUUCUCUACAACCAAGGCCCCGAUACUAACUAUAAUAUGAGUACAGCUGGUGAGAGCUCGUCUGGUGGUGGAGGAGGCGGAGGCGGAGGCGGAGGUGGUGGAGGAGUCAUUCAACCCCUUAAUCUCAUCAAUGCGGCGCCCACGACAGUUGGCAGUGGCGGUGUAACAGUGGCAGCCGCUUCAGGUUCUGGGACGUUAAUGGAUCCUAAUUCUCUAUACCCGGUUAACCCAUUCAUGGCUUCGGGAGAUCAUAGCUGGAAUUUGCGCUUGAGAUCUGCACUUCCACAAACACCAACAUGCGAACAGUUUUGAGUAUAUGGGCAAUCAUACAAAACUUGUAGCAUUGCUAAUCCUCACAAGAAACUUGUAUUCGGAAAAUUUAAGUGACUUGUCGUGGUGGUAUAGGCUAGAACCAACAUGUCUCUGUGUGCUAGGGUUUUGUAACUGGAGUGUGGUUGCUCUUUGAGAUCUUAGGAAAAUGUAUAUAUACAUAUACUUAAGGUGUUUGUCUUCCUCAUUUUUCUUUCAUUUGAUUAUAAUGGCUUUUAUAUAUGAGCUCCCAUAUAUGAGUGCUUGGCAGGAUAG